AUGCCUGGUUGUGGUUUGGGUACUAUCGGAGGACGAUUAUACACACUUGGAAUGUGUCAUUGGAUAAGUAAAGGUUAUACAAAUAAAGAUGAUUCCUAUUUGGUUUCAUUUAACUUGAAUGGUGAGAUAUUCAACACAACACUCAUACCCUUAUUCAUGGAUGCUGAACUUGAUCAUGAAUUUAGCAUACAUUCGAUGAUGUUAAAUGGAUCAAUUGCCACAAUCUCAUGGUAUGAUGGUACUACUACUUUUCAUAUAUCAAUACUAGGUGAAUUCGGAGUCAAAGAAUCAUGGGUAAAACUCUUUAUUGUUGGACCAUUGUCUUGCGUUGAUCAUCCGAUCGGAGUAGAUAAAGAGGGUAAUAUAUUUUUCGGAAAACAAAAUGGUGAAUUAAUUUUGUUGGAUUUAAGAACAAAUGUGAUUUCCGAUCUUGGCUUUAAUGGAUGGUAUACAAGUCAAAUAGUAAUCUUAAAGGGAAGCGUUCUUAUUGGAGGAAUAAAUUUGUAG